AUGCCUCGAGGUCGGAAGAGUAAGCUCCGUGCCCGUGAGAAACGGCGCCAGGCCCGUGGUGAAAAACAGGGCCUAGAGAGUGCUGAGGCCACUGCAGCAGGAGGAGGGAUUUCCUCCUCUGCCAAUCUUUUCUCUAAGGAUACAAUCCAGAAUUCUCCUGCUUCUGUGACACCUGACACUCCUAAGGUGCCUCAGAAAGUCCCAUCCACCGCCAAUACUACUGCAGCUGUUUCAUACAACAGUUCAGAUGAAGAUGUCAAUAGCCAACCUGAGGGAAGUCCAAAUUCCUCAACCAGCACUGAGAGCUUGCACAAAGACCCUUUAAACAAGAAAGUGGUUUUGUUGGUUCAGUUCCUGCUACAGAAAUAUCAAAAAAAGGAGCUGAUUACGAAGGCAGACAUGCUGAAGUUUGUUGUCAAAAAGUACAAGUCUCAAUUCAAUGAAAUCCUCAAGAGAGCUUCUGACCACAUGGAGCUGGCCUUUGGUGUUGAUUUAAAGGAAGUGGAUCCCAUCAGGCACCGCUAUACCCUUGUCAGCAAACUAGACAUCGCUAUUGAUGGAUUGAUAAGUGAUGAAGAGAGCAUGCCCAAAACCGGCCUCCUGAUGAUUGUGCUUGGUGUGAUCUUCAUGAAAGGCAACUGUGCCCCUGAAGAGGAUGUCUGGGAAGUGCUCAAUAUGAUGGGUGUAUAUGCUGAUAGGAAGCAUUUCAUCUAUGGGGAACCGAAGAAGGUCAUCACCGAAGAUUUGGUGCAACUAAAGUAUCUAGAGUACCGCCAGGUGCCCAACAGCGAUCCUCUACGCUAUGAAUUCUUAUGGGGUCCAAGAGCUCAGGAAGAAACCAGCAAGAUGAAAAUCCUGGAAUUUUUGGCCAGAGUCCAUGGUACUAUCCCUACUGCCUUUCCAUCUUUGUAUGAAGAGGCUUCAAAAGAUGAGGAAGAGAGAGCUCAAGCCAGAGCUGCAGCCAGGGCUCGCACUGCUGUCAUGGCCAGUGCACGUUCCAGAACCUUGGCCAGUGGCUUCUCCCAUGCUAAGUGA